AUGUCCCUCCCCGACGAGAAACUCAGCGAAGACCGUUUCGAAGAGAAGGAAGAUCGCCUGCCUUACGGCUCAGACUACGCCGAAGACCCCAUCCUCGAGUCCCGAUCCAAUCAUCGAAGCCCCCUCGCCCCUCCCUCACACACUGACAACAACUUCCUCCUAUGCAACGCCAAACUCGACGGCCUAACCGACGACCUCCACCUAACCGGCUACAAAUACAACGUAGCCCUGACAGUCUUCUACAUCCUCUACGUCCUAAUCGACAUCCCCAGCAACUGGCUCCUCAAGAUCGUCGGUGGAGGCCGGUACCUUCCUCUUCUAGCGAUAGCAUGGGGCAUUGUCGGGACUUCUAUGGGUGCUGUUAAGAGUUAUGGCGGGUUGAUAGCAUGUCGACACCUCCUGGGGGCUUGCGAGGGUGGCAUGUUUGGUGGCAUUAUCUUGUAUCUGAGUAUGUUCUAUAAGCGGCAUCAGCUGAUGUUCAGGCUGGGAGUGUUGUACUGUGCGGCGCCUUUGUCUGGUGCUUUUGGUGGGUUGUUGGCGACUGGACUUGCUGAGAUACGGUUUGGUGGCUACGACGGCUGGCCGUGGAUUUUCUUUGUGGAGGGCUCGAUCACAAUCGUCGUGGCGAUGGUGGCCUUCUUUUUCCUUCCGAAUACACCUGGAGGCGCUCGCUUCCUGGCGCCGGAGGAGCAAUCAGUUGCAGCGCGCCGACUUCAGGCUGAUCAAGGCGCUGCCGCAUCUGGGCGAGUCGAGGAGGAACACUUCAAUUGGCAGGAGGUCCGAUCUGCCCUUCUGAAUCUCAACGCAAUCGCCAUGAGUAUCAACUUCUUCCUGAUCCUAGUGCCGAUCUACAGCUAUUCGCUGUUCUUGCCUACCAUCAUCAAGGGCCUGGGAUACACCAGAGUCACCGCUCAGCUCUUUACCGUGCCGCCGAACUUCCUGGCAUUCUUAUCUGUGCUGGCCUUUGCGUGGACCAGUGAUCGGAUCAAGAUGCGAGGGCCGCUCAUCGUGCUGGGUCUAUCGUUGGCGGCAGUCGGGUACAUCAUGCAACUUGCCAGUCAGCAGAACGCUGUCAAGUAUGCUGGGACGUUCUUCGUAGCAGUCGGGGCCUUCUCGUGUUCCCCUCUGGUGCUCGCCUGGCUCUCCAACAACCUCGCUCCACAUACGACGAAAGCGACAGGUCUUGGUUUCCAGGUUACAGUUGGCAAUUGCGGUGCCUUCGUAGCGACGUUCACCUACUUGGCGGAAGAUGCUCCCAAGUAUGUGACAGGACACGCCAUCAACCUUGGAGCGAUUGGUCUCUCGCUGCUGUUGACACUUGCAAACAUUGCAUACGUGAGGUGGGAGAACAAUGCCUGA